AUGCAGAAGGGGAUCCGGCUGAACGACGGCCACGUCGCGUCCCUGGGGCUGCUGGCGCGCAAGGACGGCACGCGCAAGGGCUACCUGAGCAAGCGCAGCUCCGACAACACAAAAUGGCAAACCAAGUGGUUCGCGCUCCUGCAGAACCUGCUCUUCUACUUCGAGAGCGACUCGAGCUCGCGGCCCUCCGGCCUCUACCUGCUGGAGGGCUGCGUCUGCGACCGCGCGCCCUCGCCCAAGCCCGCGCCCUCCGCCAAGGAGCCGCUGGAGAAGCAGCACUACUUCACCGUGAACUUCAGCCACGAGAACCAGAAGGCCCUGGAGCUGAGGACCGAGGACGCCAAGGACUGUGACGAGUGGGUGGCGGCCAUUGCUCACGCCAGCUACAGAACGCUGGCCACGGAGCACGAGGCUCUGAUGCAGAAGUACCUGCACCUGCUGCAGAUCGUGGAGACGGAGAAGACGGUGGCGAAACAGCUGCGGCAGCAGAUCGAGGACGGGGACGUCGAGAUCGAGCGGCUGAAGGCGGAGAUCGCGUCCCUGCUCAAGGACAACGAGCGCAUCCAGUCCACCCAGACGGCCGCGCCCAGCGACGAUGACACCGACAUCAAGAAGAUCAAGAAGGUGCAGAGCUUCCUGCGCGGCUGGCUGUGCCGCCGGAAGUGGAAGACCGUCAUCCAGGACUACAUCCGGUCCCCGCACGCCGACAGCAUGCGCAAGCGCAACCAGGUGGUGUUCAGCAUGCUGGAGGCCGAGGCCGAGUACGUGCAGCAGCUGCACAUCCUGGUCAACAACUUCCUGCGCCCGCUGCGCAUGGCCGCCAGCUCCAAGAAGCCGCCCAUCACGCACGACGACGUCAGCAGCAUCUUCCUCAACAGCGAAACCAUCAUGUUUUUGCAUCAGAUCUUUUACCAAGGCCUGAAGGCCCGAAUCUCCAGCUGGCCCACGCUAGUCCUGGCCGAUCUCUUCGACAUCCUGCUGCCCAUGCUGAACAUCUACCAGGAGUUCGUGCGUAACCACCAGUACAGCUUGCAGAUCCUGGCGCACUGCAAGCAGAACCGCGACUUCGACAAGCUGCUGAAGCAGUACGAGGCCAAGCCCGACUGCGAGGAGAGGACGCUGGAGACCUUCCUCACCUACCCCAUGUUCCAGAUCCCCAGGUACAUUCUCACUCUCCAUGAACUCCUGGCCCACACGCCCCAUGAACACGUGGAACGAAACAGCCUGGACUAUGCCAAGUCGAAACUGGAGGAGCUGUCCCGGAUCAUGCAUGACGAGGUCAGCGAGACAGAGAACAUCCGGAAGAACCUGGCCAUCGAGCGCAUGAUCAUCGAGGGCUGCGAGAUCCUCCUGGACACCAGUCAGACGUUUGUGAGGCAAGGAUCCCUCAUCCAGGUGCCCAUGUCGGAAAAGGGCAAGAUCACCAGGGGCCGCCUGGGGUCCCUGUCACUCAAGAAGGAGGGCGAGCGGCAGUGCUUCCUCUUCUCCAAACACCUCAUCAUCUGCACCAGAGGUUCUGGAGGGAAGCUCCACCUGACCAAGAAUGGAGUCAUCUCCCUCAUCGACUGCACCUUGCUGGAGGAUGCAGAGAGCACCGACGAGGAAGCCAAAGGACUGGGCCAGGACAUUGAGCACUUGGAUUUUAAGAUCGGGGUGGAGCCAAAGGAGUCCCCGCCCUUCACCGUCAUCCUGGUGGCUUCUUCCAGACAAGAGAAGGCGGCGUGGACAAGUGACAUCAGCCAGUGUGUGGACAACAUCCGGUGUAAUGGGCUCAUGAUGAACGCAUUUGAAGAAAACUCCAAGGUCACUGUCCCGCAGAUGAUCAAAAGAACAAGGAGCCAGAGGCGAGAGCCCUCCCCGCCCAGGUCGGACGCCUCGCUGUACUGCGACGACGUGGACAUCCGCUUCAGCAAGACCAUGAACUCGUGCAAAGUCCUGCAGAUCCGCUACGCCAGCGUGGAGCGGCUGCUGGAGCGGCUCACCGACCUCCGCUUCCUCAGCAUCGACUUCCUCAACACCUUCCUGCACUCCUACCGCGUCUUCACCACCGCCGUGGUGGUGCUGGACAAGCUCAUCACCAUCUACCGCAAGCCCAUCAGCGCCAUCCCCGCCAGGUGGGCGCGGGGCCUGGGGAGGUCCCUGGAGCUGCUGUUCGCCAGCGGCCAGAACAACAAGCUGCUGUAUGGCGAGCCCCCCAAGUCCCCCCGUGCCACGCGCAAGUUCUCCUCCCCCCCUCCCCUGGCCAUCAGCACGUCGUCGCCCAGCCGCCGGCGGAAGCUGUCCCUCAACAUUCCCAUCAUCACCGGCGGCAAGGCGCUGGACCUGGCGGCCCUCAGCUGCAGCUCCAACGGCUGCGCCAGCGUCUACUGCACCGUGACGCCCUUCGGCAAGGCCGCGCUGGACACCAGCAAGCUCUACGUGGCCAGCGGCUUCGCCAGCAAGGUCCCGGACGAGGGCGACGGGGCCCCCGAGAGGCCGGAGGAGCCCGCGCCCUUCUGCAAGCAGAACUCAGAAGUCUCUGUGAGAGAAGAGUCGGAUGGUGACCAGAACCAGAGCGAUGAAGGCGACACCGAGACAUCGCCAACUAAAUCUCCAACAACACCAAAAUCCAUCAAGAGCAAAAACUCUUCAGAGUUCCCCCUCUUCUCCUACAACAAUGGCGUGGUGAUGACCUCGUGCCGGGAGCUGGACGGCAGCCGCAGCGCGCUCUCCGCCACCUCCGCCUUUGCCAUCGCCACCGCCGGAGCCAAUGAGGGCGCCCCCAACAAGGAGAAGUACCGCAGGGUGUCGCUGGCCGGGGCAGGGUUCCCUCCCGACCAGCGGAACAACGGGGACAAGGAGUUCGUGAUCCGCCGGGCAGCCACGAACCGCGUGCUCAACGUGCUGCGCCACUGGGUCUCCAAGCACUCGCAGGACUUUGAAACCAACGAGGAGCUCAAGUGCAAGGUGAUCGGCUUCCUGGAAGAGGUCAUGCAUGACCCCGAACUCCUGACCCAGGAGCGGAAGGCAGCGGCCAACAUCAUCCGGACUCUGACGCAGGAGGAGCCGGGGGACAACCAGAUCACCCUGGAGGAGAUCACGCAGAUGGCCGAGGGCGUGCGGGCCGAGCCCUUCGAAAACCACUCGGCCCUGGAGAUCGCAGAGCAGCUGACGCUGCUGGACCACCUGGUCUUCAAGAAGAUUCCGUACGAGGAGUUCUUCGGCCAGGGCUGGAUGAAGCUGGAGAAGAACGAGCGGACGCCUUACAUCAUGAAAACCACCAAGCACUUCAAUGACAUCAGUAACUUGAUCGCGUCGGAGAUCGUGCGCAGCGAGGACCUCGCGGCCCGGGUGAACGCCAUAGAGAAGUGGGUGGCGGUGGCCGACAUCUGCCGCUGCCUGCACAACUACAACGCGGUGCUGGAGAUCACCUCCUCCAUGAACCGCAGCGCCGUCUUCCGCCUCAAGAAGACCUGGCUCAAGGUCUCCAAGCAGACGAAAGCUCUGAUCGACAAGCUCCAAAAGCUGGUGUCCUCCGAGGGCCGAUUCAAGAAUCUCAGAGAAGCCCUGAAAAAUUGUGACCCGCCCUGCGUCCCCUACCUGGGCAUGUACCUCACCGACCUGGCCUUCAUCGAGGAGGGGACCCCCAAUUACACAGAGGACGGCCUGGUCAACUUCUCCAAGAUGCGGAUGAUAUCUCACAUCAUCCGGGAGAUUCGCCAGUUCCAGCAAACCGCGUACAAAAUAGAGCACCAGGCCAAGGUCACCCAGUAUCUGCUGGACCGGUCUGCGGUCCUGGAUGAGGAAAGUCUGUACGAAUCUUCCCUCCGCCUGGAACCCAAGCUCCCGACCUGAGGCGGCGCGGCCCGGGGCCCAGGACGCCGCCCGCUGCCCUGCGCUGUACAUAGCCCCUGGCGUCGCCGGCUCCCGCGAGUCCUCAGACCCGGCCUGCUCCUUAGAUUCCCGUAGAGCUGGAACGUGGACUUCUGCGCCCUCCUGCAGACUCUGCCCGCCACCCCCAAAGCUCCCCAGCCCCGUCCCGCAGUGCC